AUGACAAUUAAAGACCGAUAAAACUCAACCGUGAUGAAGCCAGCAGUCGACGAGAUGUUCCCCGAAGGAGCUGGGCCAUACGUGGAUCUUGAUGAGGCCGGGGGGAGUACAGGACUGCUCAUGGACCUGGCCACCAAUGAGAAGGCAGUUCAUGCAGACUUUUUCAAUGAUUUUGAAGACCUUUUUGAUGACGAUGAUGUCCAGUGAGGAAGAUUAUGGGUUUGUUUUUGGGGGGGGGCUUAAAAAAAAAAUAUAUAUAUAUAUAAGGUGAUUGAAUGAAAGACUGGAUGAUUUUUCUGGAACUACAUGGAAAACUGGCUAUUUAAACUCUAAUGACAUACAAUUUACAUUCAGCCAAAUAGCUAGUUCUAGGUUGUAACAAAAUCAUCACUGCUGCCACCAGAUGUUGCACUAUUCUCCAAAAAUAUGUUGGAAUGUUCCAAUUUAUGAGUUGCUAUCAUGCUAACGUAGCUUCAACAUACUUCCAAGCUGGAUUGUAGGUCUGUCUCUCUCUCCCCUCUUCUCUCUGAGAACACCUGUUCCUCAGGCAUGUGGAGCAUAAUUAUAUACGGGAUGAUCCCAGAGCCUCCGAUGCAGUCAGAUUGCAGAUGGCAGAUGAUGAAUGGGGCGCCGCAAAGAAUCGCUUAAAUUAUUUGUAAUGACAAAUAAAAGCCUGACAAUAAUGAUAGUUCCUAGGUUUUAUAUAUGGGCACAGUAAGGCUUGAUGGAUAUAGUGUUUUAGAUUAAUAUCCUGUUUUCACUUGGUCUCCAUUGGUUACAUAAAUGUUAAGGAGAACGAUGAGAAAAUGCAUAUAUCACUUGUCCAUGCAUUUGGUUAUAGCAAAGACAUCAAAACUAUGAAAUAACACAUAUGGAAUCAUGUAGUAACCAAAAAAGUGUUAAACAAAUCAAAAUAUAUUUGAGAUAUAUAUGAUGACAGCUUUUGCACACUCUUGGCAUUCUCUCAACAAAAUGUUAAUUGUACUCCACAAAGAAUUACAUGAAUAAUCUGUAUUUUCUAAAGUUAACAACUGAAGCACAAAGUUUUAGUCUGUUUAAUGUCGAUAUGGCGAGGUGUUGAUUUAUUGGUGUGAUCCAAUUCCACCAAACAUUGUAAUAGGCUAUGCUAUGAUUAAUUGCUCAGGACACAUUUGAUGUUCCAAAUCCAAAAUGUAAAUAAUUCCUGGCCUUUAGAAUGAACACUUUCCAUGUCAACAAAUAAUAUUUAUUUUUAAUCAAGUGUGGAUGACGAGGGAUCUAGUUAGGAGGGUGCUACGUCACGGAACAUUUAGUUGGAACUCUGUUCUGUGGAACAGAUUUGAUUGUGAUGUUGAAUAAAUAAUGAUAUCAGCUCUUCACUCCCAUAGCUGUGGGAUGUAGGGGUGCUGAGGGAUCUACAGCACCCCCUGAGGUGGAUAUUUUUUGUGCACUGAGACUUUAUUGCUCCUGUGUGAGCGGACAAAAAUAGUUUCAGUACCCACACCACUAAACAUCUUUCCGCGGCCAUGUUUAUCAUGUUUCAGAAUGUUUCACCUCGUUGACUGACCACACCACAGUACGUGUUCUCUUCCCCUGUUGGUGGCGUGUAGUUCGUCAAACGAACACGCAAGAGAACACAUGAAAAACUGCUUACAUGAAAGUGGUGGAAGGGCCUCAUCAUUUUUACAGCAAGGUUCUGUUUUUUUUUUUAACAAGUUUUCUUAGUCCACAAGUGUUAAGAAACCGCUUUAUGGUCUUUUCACACAAAUUUCCAUAAUGUUUCCAUGAGUGUAACAACUUUGACAUUAACAGUAUGGUUACUAUUAACUUAAGAGUUGUUUUCAAGGCAACUGCUUCAUUGACCUAUAGAAUGCUAUCCAUGCAUGGAAGACUGAGGAGGUAAUGUCUACACAUUGCACGUGGUCCAUUUGAUGAUCCAUACAUUCUAUACUACAUAUUAUUCAAAUGUGGCAUAGCCCUUUUCCCACCUUCCAUGUAGCAUGACGUUUGCUUAUGAAUGGUUUAUGAAGCAUCUACGAAGGCCUUAUGAAGGGGCCAUAAAGCUUUUCAAGUUGAUUCCAACAGAACCAGCUCAGUACCACUGGUCCCGGUUGGCAUGUUUCCAGGUGUCAGUCAGAGCUCAGUUGGUAGUGUGCUCAUAAAGGUCUCUGCUUGGACAACAGUCGCUCUCUUCAGUUGUGUUUCCAGGAAAGAUGGUGUAAGAAGUUAAGAUAAUGUAACUGUCAGUAUUAUUCAGCAUUCUUGGGACAUCCCUUACCCUAACCUUAACCUUAAUCCUAUCCUUAACCAUUAUACAUUUCAACUUCAAUGGGGUAGGGAUGUCCCAACGAUUCUGGAUAGCACGGACCAUAGUUUAACUGUAGGACCUUUUUUUGGUUAUUUUAAAUCUGUAUAGUUCUGUCCUCUGUUCCUGUCUGUUAAUGUUCUGUAUUAUGUCAUGAUUUGUGUGGACCACCAGGAAGAGUAGCUGCUGCUGUAGCAACAGCUGAUGGGGAUUCUAAUAAAAUACAAGAGGAAUGUGUUAUGAGA